AUCUUCACGAAUAACAGUGACGCGCGAGAGAGGUCCACUCGACAGGACCACCUUUUCCACCUCCCACGCUCGCGGCUCGAGACUGGCAAGCGACGAUUCGGCUACCGGGCCGCGGCGCUACUAAACAGUCUGCCUCCCGGUGUCAUCGAACAGCGCCCCGCCCCAUUCGCCCGUGCGGCCAAGGCUGCAGUCUGUCCGGCGAUGGCGACCGCCCGACGAUGACCCGUGUCAGGGGAAGGAGAAACUGACAAUCACAGUCCAGCCAGCAGCAUACUGAAGCUGCAGCUCACUACUGCAGUUCAAGCGCACCAUGGAGAGACUUCCUGUAGAGGUUUUAAGUCAAAUUGUUGGAUGCCUGAACUUCUGUGAUCAGCUACAACUUGCCAAAGUAUGUGUCCGGUGGCGAGCGGCCGUCCGCGACUGCCUGCAGCGGCGGCAGCGUCUCACGGCCGGCGACCUGAAGGGAAAACGCUGCACGGACACUCUGCUGCGCACCCUGCUGCCCCAGCUGCCGGCUCUCAGAGCUCUGCGCGUCGCCGGAUACGACCUCGAUAUCGACAUCGUAUCCGAGCACUGCCGGCGACUGGAGGAGGUGGACCUGUCUCCGUUCCGGCUGAGCGAGGACGCCCUGGAGCGGCUGUGCCAGCACUGUCCGCGCCUCUCCUCCGUGAAGCUGCCCGAGAGCUGCGAGCCGCUCUGGCCGGAGCUGGUGCUGCGCCGGCUGCCCGACCUGCGUGACCUGCGGCUGGAGCACGUGCACCUGACGGCGGCCACGGUGACGCUGCUGCCGGCGGGCCUGGAGCGGCUGUCGCUGUACGCGUGCCAGGUGCCGUGCGGGCCGCGCCAGCCGGCCGACCGCUGGCCGCGGCUCACGGAGCUGGUGCUGACGCUGGCCUCGGUGGACCUGGACGGCGACCUGACCGCCCUGCUGGCCGGCUGUCCGAGCCUGCGCCGGCUCCAGGCCAACUGCGCCGACGCCACCGACCAGCUGCUCAAGGAGCUGCCCGGCCUCAAACAGCUGCAGACUCUGGACCUCUCCUUCUGUGAUGAUCUGACGGAGGCCGCUCUGGUGGAGAGCCUGCCGCGCCUGAGGCAGCUGAAGUCGCUGAACCUGUGCGGCGUGUCGUCCGUCACCGACACCGUGCUGUGCAGCCUGGCCGGCGCCGAGUCGCUCUCCGAGCUGACCCUGGGGGUCGAGGUGUACUACCAGAGCGUGGACUUCACGAUGGACGGGCUCCAAAGUCUGGUCAUGAGCUGCGCCUCCCUCACCACGGUGGUGCUGAUGUACUGGGAAGAGAAGGAUCUGGAGGCCGUCAUCCGCGGCCUGUCUGCGCAACUGGACCCGGAGCGGCGCGUCACCCUCACUAUCGAUGAGACGAUGCUGGAGCAGAUUGACGAGUCAGUGCUGCCAGCCGCCGACAGCCCGCUACGGAUCGCCACGUUCAGAUGAGCUCCCUCUGGGACCACGGACCGAGGACCGGGGACUCUCCCGGACGGGCCGUGAAUGUUGUCACAGCUUUUAUAACACCUCGCACUAACGCUGAGUAGUUUGGUAGAGAUGCCUGAGACAUAUAAGGCUAUAUGGUACAUAUUUUGUGCAUAUUUGGUGGAGAUUUGGUUCAUCGUGUCUCUUAGAAGUUUUUAGUUUGGUUUGCACAAUUGCUUAUAUAGGUGCCUGAUUUUUCACAUUAUCAGAUACCAUUUUCGAUUAAAUUUAUGAUUUCUGAAAUAAGUUCAUUAUAUGUUUGUUGAAAAGGAGAUUUGGUUCAGUUCGGUGCAUUUGCCAGAUAACCCGUCGUGAUACGGCUAUUUUCCACAUUAUUAUCCAUUUGUUGCUUACUGGCGUGGGGUACCUUCCAGUAGCAAAGCUUAGUCACUUACCCUUAGAAUGCUGAGCCAUUACAAAAUACCAUAGUCAACUGCUUUUAUAUGUUAGACAGCUUUGUGAGCAAUAUGAAUUAUUUAUAUACCGUUGAGGAACGGCUUCGACCUCGCCUUUCCAGCGUUGCCUUGUGAUGCUUGCAAAUCCUUGCUUGCAAUAUGGUGGUGGGUUUAGCUUUCAUGCAGGCCAGUAACUGGUUGAAUUUGCGGCAUUGAGGCUUGGGCGGCUGCUUCUACUCACCGCGUAGAGAUGUCAAUAACGAACUAUAAGCAGUUUAUCUCAAAGUAUUUUAUGGGGAUGCUUUAUUUCAGCAGUUGUGCGGUAGUAGAAAUCAUCCGCCUUUUUAUGCGUUAAUCUCGACUCCGCUCUGGGAUGGGUACGGCUCUGGCCUCAGCUGGAGCAUAAGUCACCGGCUUAGGCCGGCUGGAGUCACCCGGCUGUCUAUACGAACCGGUCGGCCUCUGACGUCACCGGCGGAGAUGCCGGGGUGACGUCACCGGCUUUCGGAAGGCGCCGGGCGGCUCCCGGAGCCGCUGCGUCGGCUCGGUCCGGACUCUGGCGACUUUUCCGGAGCUCCGGGUGGGGCGGGUGCCUGUGUGACUGCGGGACGUUUUCUGCUGCUGUUUUGUGCGCGAUUCAAGCAGCAAUGAAUGUACACCGAGAAAUGGGCUGACGAUCCGGAUGGACCGAUGGGAUGGACGAUGGAAUGGCCUGGAGUCUUUCUUUUUAUCAUAGUGAUAUAUCCGUUUUAAGUGGCUUCGAUGAAGUGCCAAAAUAAAUCAUUUUCCUGAA